GAUGAGCUGGAGUCUUUCGGCGUGAACGUGUCGCGCUGCCCGCCGGACGCACAUUGGCAGAUCGGGGCCGUCGAGCGCCGCGACGCUCCGUGGGGGUGGAUCUGGAGACGCGCCUGCGACGGCUGCUGCGCGGUCCACGCGCCCGAGGAGGUCGACGUGGCGACGGUCGCCGUCAGCGACGCGAAGAACAACGCCGUCCGUCGUGCCGGGCGGUCUGCCAACCAGUGCGCCCUCGGCCGGACUCCUCGCAUUCCCGGAGAACUGCUAUCCAACGACCACGGCCUCGCUGUGGCCGCCAACGCCACCAACGCGCAGCACGUGGUGAACAACGACUACUACCGCCUGGAGGCCAACAUCCACACCGCUCAGUUCAACUGCGAGCAGCAGGUGCGGAAGUCGCUCCUUCGCAAGACGAUUCGCCUGCGUUGCGACCUGGACAAGCUUGCGGCCGGCCAGCAGUUGCGCCCCGCCAUCGGUUUCGAGCGGUGGGUCCCCGAUCCCGAGGACAUCGAGGGACUCGAGAGCAGCUGCGACUUCGUGCGGGACGGCCUCUGGGAGGAUGAGCGGGGCGCCGGACCUCAGCGGGGGGGCCUGCGCGAGGAGCCGGACGUCGUCGUGGGCGACGGUCGCGAUCUACCUGCCCCUGCCGCCAGACUUGCUCCGCCAGUUCCUGCAGGCGCCGAUCUACCAGGGGCUGGGCCGCCCGUCGGAGCCGCUGCUGGCAGCGCGGACCCCGCGCCGGCCGAGCCGCCGAUCGGGGUGGCCCCGCCUCUGCCCGAGGCGCCGCCGGACGAUGCCAAUGCGGAGUGCGAGCCCAGCCUUGCCGACGCCGUCGAGCCCGUCCAGCCGGCCCAGCCAAUGCGUGAGGACGACAACGACGGCAUCUCCUCCGAGGAGUUCGAACCAGACCAGGAGGACAAGCCCACGCGGCCGCGCACCGUCGAGCCAUCGUCGCAUCCGAGAGCCGAGCCGCCCGAGGAUGGGCGCCCGCGAAUCUCGACCCUCUACGCCCAUGCCCCGAUGACGACUUUCUGGGCAGACGAGAUAGGGAGCGGCAGCGGCGGCUCGGACGGCGCCCUGGCCGACUUCCAGGGCAUCGGGAACUUGAGCUCGCGCCCGAUCGUGCUGGGGGAGAUCGCGGCCGAGGAGCGCGACCGCUGCCAGGGGAACGCGACCACCGCCGAGCCGCGCGAGCUCGAGCCCUUGCCUGGCUCCGACGAUGAGGACGACGGCGCCCCGCAGAACCGCGU